GGCAAUUAUCUGUCACAAAUCGCUUUAUAUCUUUCACUUAAAUCGAUGAUAGGGAUUAAUUAAUUUGACUGGAAACCGAUGAGGCAUAAAAACGAUGUUCUGAACCACAAUUGACUCAAGUAUUGAAACUUCAAACUGAGUAAAGCGGGAUUCGUCGUCGACGUGCAUACAUUCGUCUUUCACAACAACAACAACAGCCUGGUGUCGUCAACUCGACGCGGCAAGAUAACAGUGAAUAUUCAUAGGUCUUCAGCAUCAAUCAUACAUUAUGGCAACUGUGUUAGAGAGAGCAUUGACGGCACCAUAUCCUGGGUAUGACAAGAAUGGGGGUGGGCAGUCUCCCGGUAGGGCACUCAGAGCAGUAAAACCAGAGGCAGAAGAAAUAGCCAAAAAACACAAAGGCACACUGUGCUUGUUCACAGACAAGCCUCAGAUCGUCGAGUCACCAAGACGAGUUACUAGGUGUCCGUCAGAAAUGUCCAAAGAACUGAUGGAGUAUCACAGAACAGGUUCUGUGGGAGGCCUCCUUAGCGGGACCACGACCCCCAGGGCUGAUGCUCAGCCUGUCCCCAGGGUCAAGCCUGAGGCACAGGAAAUUGCCAUUGCCCAUAAAGGCUCCAGCAUGGCCACUGUUAUGUCCAGCUACGAACUGCCGCGCUCAGCACGUAGAGUUCCACGUGUUAAGCCUGAGGCCGAAGAAACAGCCGAAGUUCACCAAGGAGGGAGGAUGAGUGGACUUCUUCAUGAUCCCAAAAAGUUACCCGAGUCGUCACGCCCGGUGCCUCGUGUGAAGCCGGAUGGAGAAGAGAAUGCCGACGUGGGAAAAGGGAGGAGGAUGAAGAAGAUAAUGAACAAGUAUGGAGAGACGCCGUUGUCAUGUCGUACCCAACCACGUGUGAAGCCUGAAGGCGAGGAAAACGCAGAUCUAGAUCGUGGAAAGAGAAUGGGGACCAUGGUGACGAAUUAUCAACUGCCGAAUUCUGCACGUCAACAAGCGCGAGUCAAGCCGGAAGGAGAGGAGUCCGCCAACCUGGACAAAGGGGUCGAAUGUCACCGGCUUGUUCAUGAAGCAAGCAAGCUCCCGCAGUCUCCAAAAACCACCCACCCCCGGACAAACACAUACGAGGCAAAGAAAAAUGCAAAGUUAAACAAAGGAUCGAUGGGAUCACUGCUGAAAGGACAGUUCGCUCGUACUCUGGUGCCAUCUGUGGGUGUGACACGGAAACUGUACAAAGCUGUGGUGAAAAGCUAGACAACUGGUAUAAGAAAAUAGGUGAAAUAGGGAAAUCCAUGUAUGGGGUAGUACAUGUAGGGAAAUAUAGGGAAGUAGGGAAAAAUAGGGUCAUUUGUGGUGAUUCAAAAAUCAUUCCAGUGCUCCUUUCUGCAUUUUUGUGAAAUGUUUUUUUUUUUUAAAUUGUUGUUGAUUGUUUUGCUGAGAGAUUUUUUGAAGUCCUGAUAUAUAUUUUUACAGUUAUCUAGUGGAUUGCUUGUUCAAAUGAAAUAUUUAGAUACCUUACAACCUGAAUGCUGCUACAUAACAUUUUGCAUAUCUGUUGCUUGGCAGUAGUUGCAGCAUAUUUAAGAUUGUACAAUUGGUUGCUUUUUUAUAAGCAUCAGUGGUAGAUUCAUUACAUGAUUGAAUGGUAUGUGUACAUGCACCUUUUGAUAAAAACUCCUUAUGUCCUGCUUUUGCUGCUUUAAUACAAAACUAAUUUAUAAAUUAUUUUAUGGGCAUCUAUACGUGUCAAUGUUAAAUCUUUGAGAUUAUGAUAUCU